CUCCUAUAAAUUCACCUGAACCCAGCUUUGCCUCUUCAAUAUAUCCACCACUACCUCCUCCUCUCCACCAUCGUUGCCGCCGCCAACACCACAGUCUCCCCACCAUUAGUCUUUUCUAUCCAUUUUGCACAAAUUAUUAACACCCAAAUUCAUAACUCUUUACAUUAACAAAGAUUUGUCCAAUUAUCCAAUAUAUAGUUCCAUAUAUACGGCUAAACAUGACUACUGUGGGAGCCUCGACAGCAUCACCAUUGCCAUCACCUGCUCAGCGAUCUCCAUGGCACUCACCCGUGCCUUACCUCUUUGGGGGACUGGCGGCCAUGUUGGGACUCAUUGCUUUUGCUCUCUUGGUCUUGGCGUGCUCAUACUGGAAGUUCUCUAGCCAUGGUGGCGACGGGGAGAGGGACCUCGAGGCUGGUGACGGUAAUGGCAGCGAAGGCUCUGAGGCUGCCACCGUUAAACCACCGCCGGUGCUUGAAGAGAAGUAUCUUGUGAUCAUGGCCGGCCAAGAGAAGCCAACUUUCUUGGCCACUCCUAUGUCAAGUAGAGCAUCAUCUUUUGGUAGUAAAAGCACUUCCAGCACCAGUAGCGACACUACCGUGACAUCGGAGGAGGAUAAUGAAGAGAAGAAGCAGCAAACUAAUUGUGGACAGAUAGAAAUAGGGACCGUGGAGGCCCAUCAGGCACCAGAUCAAUUCAAUUGACAUCUUUAAUCUCCUUUUGAAUUUUAAUUUUAGGGUUAUUGGGCAUGGAGCUUUUGAUUAAUCCUUUGUGGACUCUGCUUCCUUUUCCGCUUCCGGAAUUAAGAGACCUUUAAAGAACCAAGAAUUUUUUUCUUGGUCUCAUUCUUCAAAGGAUUUUGCAGGAGGCCUGAUCUUUCCGGAAAUGUAAAUAAUCUUUGGAGAAUUUGAGUGGAAGAUGAAGCUUUUAUUGCAUACUGAUUCUUCGUA